GGAAGCCCGGGUCUCCUCUGCACUGGUGGCUGCUGUACGCAGGCCAAGCUGUUUCUGUUUCAGUCUUACAGCUAAGGGAAUCAUGGCCUCCUCCUCCUCUUCGCUGUCACUACUGACCAUCAACACGUCACUUCUAGCAGCUCCAGCAGAGGCGUGGACCUCCAGAGAUGAAACUGGAUCAGCAACAGGAGCCAUUUCUGAGUCUGAACUGUCUAAAACCACCAAGUUGGGCUGUCUGGAUUUUGACUGUGAGAAAUCAAACACAGGCAGCUCCUCUGAAUCACUGGAGUCACUGUCACUUAGGAGGAAUCCAGGUCUACCGAUGCAGGUCAUGCUGAGCUGUCAUACAGAGAUCUACGUUACUCACGCCAGUCAAGUUCUGCAGUUCGCGGGUUCUGGAGGAUCAUGGGAGCGCGUCAGCUGCGUCACGCUCACGUCUUUCAAGAUGGCGGCGCUCGCGUCCUUGAUGCUGCAAUCCAGAGCCUGUAUUCUGUUCAGUCAAACACCCACAGUUGUACUGACGAGAUUUGCUUCAAAGAAAUCAGGAGGAAGCAGCAAAAACCUAGGAGGGAAGAGUGCUGGCCGUAGAUAUGGUUACAAGAAACAAGAUGGGAACUUUGUACAUGCGGGCAACAUCCUUGCUACACAACGCAAGGGUUUAAUGCGCUGGCAACCUGGAGCUCAUGUCGGUAUUGGAACCAACAAAACACUUUAUGCCCUAGAGGAUGGUAUUGUCAGAUUCACCAAGGAGGUGUACAUUCCUCUGCCACGAAGUGCUGAAGCCAGGGAUGUGAUCCCAAAACUUCCCAAGGGUGCUAUUCUGUACAAGACCUUUAUCAAUGUCGUUCCUAUAAAACAGGAGAAUACAUUUAAACUAGUGGACAUGGUAUGAAAAAGACUUUCUUCAACUUCAGUUUGAUCUGGAUUCUUUGGACUGGUAACCCACCCUGGAAUAUUUUGAUGGUCUCCUUUCAAAUGUGUCUAAAAAUUCAGCAGUAAAAUAUUUGAUUUCUUCUUAUUUGUACAGUCAUGUUAUAUUCUAAUAAGCAUGUUUACCAACACUGUGACAUUGUUCAAUUCU